CCCUCACCAGAUGACCCUUUACCAACUGCUUUCACUCACCAGGAGCCCCGUCACCAAUUGCCCCUCACCAGGGCAGGAUUUUUGAGAAGAUGGAGCUGUGCAGCAGCCUGGCCGUCAAGCGCCUCGUGUUCUCCGGCUGGAGGCCGGGCCCGGCGCCGGGGGUGCGGCAGGAGGACGCGCGGCUCGGGCGGGUGCCCGUGCGGCUGUACCGGCCCCGCGCACCGCCCGCGCGGCCCCGCUCCGCCGUGCUGCUGUUCCACGGCGGCGGCUGGAUCUGCUGCAGCCUCGAUUCCCAUGAAAGGAUCUGCCAGUACAUUGCCCAGGAAAGCGACUCGCUGGUGGUGUCCGUGGGGUACCGUUUAGCCCCCGAGCACAAAUACCCCGCUGCGUACGAAGACUGUCUGAGCGCCACGCAGCACUUCCUGCAGCACCUGCAGCACUACGCCGUGGAUCCCGCCCGCGUCACUGUCUGCGGGGACAGUGCUGGGGGCAACCUGGCAGCUGCUGUGAGCCAGACCCUGGCAGGCAGGUCAGACCUCCCCAGGCUCCGUGCUCAGAUCCUCAUCUACCCAGGCCUUCAGGCUCUGGACUUCAAUUUACCAUCCUACCAACAGAAUCGGGGAGUCCCUCUGCUAUUCCGGGAACGUGCUGUUUUCUAUUCUUUGCAGUAUGUACAAGGCGACACAUCAAAUCUGGAAGAGGUCUUGGAGGGCUCUCAUAUUCCUCCAGACAUGAGGCUGAAGUGUAGGAAGUGGGUGAAUCCAGACAACAUCCCUGAGGAAUUUAAGGUCAGAGGCUACAAACCACACAAGCCCUGUGAAUUCAAGCCUGGAGUUUUUGAGAGAGUGAAGAGAUUCUGUGAGCCCACCCUGUGCCCGCUGUUCGCCGAAGAUGCAAUUAUUCAGCGGCUGCCAGAAUCUUUCAUCCUGACCUGUGAGUACGACGUGCUGCGGGACGAUGGCUUGUUGUACAAGAAGAGGCUGGAGGACAACGGGGUUCCAGUGACCUGGUGCCACCUUGAAGAUGGAUUCCAUGGAAUCAUAAACCUAUUUGAUUAUUGUGGCUUGUCAUUUCCAUCUGGGAAAAGGGGAUUGGACAGUGUUGUUGCAUUUAUAAAAGGCCUGUAGAAAGAACUCUCAUUAUGCUUCUCCCACUAAUGUCUCUACUUAGGGUCUCACACCUCAGGUAGUGCUGGUCAGCAAGAAUGCAACACCUUUUGAUGUGUAAAAUAGAAAUUCUGAUAUCCAUGAACUUCAAAUUAACACAGACCUUUUCCUUGUGAGACUCCUGACAGUUCAAUCAUCACAAUUUUUCUAUGUGCUGUGGGUUUUUUUCAAAUUUGUA